GAGCAACAUAUACAGUGAAUGCAGGCCUGGGUGUAGUAAACUGCAUAUAAUGGUGUUGUUCCAUUGAUUGUCAUAUGGCCUCGCAAUAACCACCAAGGCGGUCAUUAUCUGGCUCUUCAUCAGUGAUAGCAGGCUGCAUGGACUAAUGUGAGCCUCGCUCUGCACACAGUCUAAGUAUCUGAUCUUAAAAAACAAGGCUGUUAAUUGUGUUUAUUCCGCUUGGAAUAACCGCAGAGCUGCAGGAGACGAUGAGCAGCAGCGGGGCCGCGGGUCAGCGCUUUUACUCCUCGGUCUGUGUCCUCCACACACACACACACACACACACACACACACACACACACACUCAAGAUGGAAGUGGGUGGUGAUUACAGACUUUAUUAUUUUCGGCUGUCUGAACCUCCUCCUCCUCCUCCUCCUCCUCGAGCCCCGGUUUCUUUUGUGCUCCCUUCUUCCCCAACCAAACCAAACUCCUCGCGGGGCUGCUGCUCGGACACGCGCGCGCACGCACGCGGGGCUGCAGAAUCCAUGCAGCUCCUCCUCGAGGGGGUCGCGGUGACUGAGAGCCCCCACCCCCUCCUCUCUCUCUCUCUCUCUCUCUCUCUCUCUCUCUCUCUCUCUCCCCGCGGCUCCUCCUGCGCCCGCCCCGGCACCGAUUGUUGACAAAAGACGCUGCGAGACGGAGCGAAGGAGCCCGGACCCCGGUACUGGUGUGGCCGAGGUGAUUCGGUUGUCGGUGGUGGUCGGACCGCAGCAGGCCGGCGUGAAGUGGACGCCCCCCCCCCCUCUCCCCUCCUCUCCUCCUCUCUCUCUCUCUCCCCUCCACCCCCCCAUCCCUCCUCCACCACCAACACCACCACCACCAGCACCACCUUCCUCUCCUCUCUCCUUCAUGAAAACCACCCGCGAUUGGUAUUUACAGACGGCCAAGAUGGGUCACUCACUGUGAGUGGAAGCGCCAGACCAUCGGUAUAGGAGGAGGAGGAGGAGGAGGAGGAGGCAGCGGUGGCGGCCUUAGGUGGGUCUAUUCAGCCGGGAAUGGUGUGAGCUGAGACGACCAGGCAUUCUGGAUCUGACCGGGGACCCGUCAUUCCCCCGGAGCCUCCGCGGCUCCAAGCCGCGUCCUGAGCCCUCCAAGAUGGGGAAGUGCGACGGAAGAUGCACGCUGCUGGUGAUAUGCUCACUGCAGUUGGUGGCAGCCCUCCAGAGGCAGGUGUUUGAUUUUCUGGGCUACCAAUGGGCUCCCAUCCUAGCCAACUUCCUGCACAUUAUGUCCGUCAUCCUGGGAAUGUUCGGCACCGUGCAGUUUCGCUUCAGAUACCUCAUCUUUUAUGCAGUAUGGCUGGUCCUCUGGGUGGGUUGGAACUCAUUCAUUAUCUGCUUCUACCUGGAGGUUGGAAACCUGUCUCAGGACAGGGACUUUCUCAUGACGUUCAACACAUCCCUCCAUCGCUCGUGGUGGAUGGAGCAUGGUCCUGGUUGCCUGGUAACGCCAGUUCUAGACUCUCGCAUGGCUCCUGAUGACCAUCAUGUCAUCACCGUCUCUGGGUGUCUCCUUGACUACCAGUACAUAGAGGUGUUGAGUUCAGCCAUUCAGAUCUUAUUGGCUCUCUUUGGCUUCGUGUACGCCUGCUACGUGAGCAAAGUCUUUCAGGACGACGAGGACAGCUUUGAUUUCAUCGGCGGCUUUGACUCAUAUGGUUACCAGCCUCCUCAGAAGUCCUCUCAUCUGCAACUGCAGCCUCUUUACACGGCUGGUUAACUGCUGGUAGCGCCACCUUCAGGCCAAACCCAGACGGUGUCACUGUGGAUGGAAAGCGGCGGUUGCCUUGAUUACACUCACUCUGUGUGUGACAGUUUACCCGAGGAAUGGACUUAACCCCACCCAGAGGGAGAGACGUCUGUGCGUGUGUGCAUGUGUGCUUGUGUCUGAGAAAGAGAAAUACAGCCCUGAAUAGAAUGUACAGAGCUCAGGGAAGAACCAGCAUGCCAGGUGAUGAGAUGAGAUGAGAUGAAGAGGAGGAGAAAGAGGAGGAGGAGGAGGAGGAGAUACAGAGAAGCUGGGGACACCUCUGUCAAAUCACCGGAGACACACUUCACUAAACUGCCAGCUCUCAACACUCCCACCAGUGUGUGUGCGUGUGUCUGUAAUGUAUGUAUGUGUGUGUGUGCGUGCGUGCGUGCGUGUGUGUGUGUGUAACUCCACAGGACUAGCGGGUGCUUUGUGGUUGCACCAUGGACUCUUAGCACUCGGCGUGCCUGUGAAUUUUGUUUCGGGGGGUGCUCACGUGGGGGAUUCGGGUGGGGUCACAUAAUAAAAAGAGGCACAGCUCGUACCUGUUGUCGUUUUAGAAUGUGGUGAUGUAAAACUAGAGCAGUCUUACGAUUUCCCAUUCCCAAAGCCAUCUUUCCCUUCCUCCCUUUUCCCAUGCCGUUAAAACCACUGUUGACGUUCAAGCUUUUUACAUUACAGCCCUGGCCUGCUGAGGUAGUAAAACAGAGCUGGUGGAGUGGAAAAGAUGAACUGCUUGAAGGGUCAGACUGGCAAUAUUUUGUAUACUUUAUUAGAGGCCAAAACCAACAAUGCAUCUCCAUAUCUCACUACCUUUGUUCCUGGGUAAGUAAAUCUUUUUAAUAAAAAAGGCUCAAUAAUUCCCUAAAACAUCUGGGCACUGCUCGUUUUAGCAUUUGUCAACUAACAGCAACAGCAACAGUCUGUGGGGGAUGUUCUAACUGAGCAUGUGUUGCGCCUGUGAGUAUUUACAGCAGCAGGAUGUAUGGAAGUGGAAACAUCUCAAAAUAAACUACAGUGCCUAACUUCAUCAUAAUGAAGGAACAUGUCAACAGUACAACAGCGUGUGGUACAACAAUGGGUUUCACAGCUAUAUCAGGUUUGUUAGUAGGACUGAUUCAUUGUUGGUUUUGGUCUUUUCAUGUGUUAUAAAUAUAACCAGACUUAUCCUUUAAAGUUCUCUGGAUCACUGCAAAAAUGUAAGUCAAAUGUCCAUCGCCAGGAUAUUUUGUUUUCAGGUGAAUAAAUUCAGCCUACUAUACAUGUAAUACUGUUAUUUAGGGAUGCAGAUGGCUUUGGGAUCAGGCAUUAGUGUGUCUAUGGGUGGGGGGGUGGGGGGGAGCAGUGGGGAUACUGUGCAUGUAAAUAACCAGCCAAUGAUUGUUUUGUUGGUUCCAUUUAGAAAAAAACGGUGGGUUGCAUUAGGGGGUGGGGUUGGGCUGGGCGAGAAGGGGUACACAUCAAGGUUUUUCUUCAUACCUGUUUCUCUAGUUCUCUCUUUUACGGAUAUCCUCAUGCUGCCAUCUUCUAUCCUAUCGGCAGCUAAUUCUCCCUGUCAUCUUAAUCGGUAACUUUCUCUGCAGCUCGUUCGCUCGUCUCCACAGGAGCACGGUGAUAAAGGAAGAGGAAAAUAUGUCAUGAACACACACAGUGACAUGCUCCGAGAAGUUUUUGUGGAAGUAAUUGGUGACAGCGAGAGGGAAAGAGGGAGACAGGUAUGAGGUGAAGACCUUAUUGGGUGUAAGGUGAAGUUUGAAAUAAUAAAAAUACACUUUCUACAUUAAA